AGCAAACUUGCACACUGUUCGAAAUAUGAAGUUUCAAUCCUUGAGCUAAAAAUGGAUGAUAUCCCAAAUUACUUGCAUGCUGUUUGUCCAGGCUGAUACACAUUCCGGAAGUCAAGAUGAGGUUACCAUCUAUUUUCGGAAGGAGUGCGUCGGCCAGGGAGCGACCGAGUGGCCUAAGGAAUGUGCGACGCGUGGGACGUACACAACACCUCGGCUUCCGAAAGCAGCUUCGAACAUUCAUGUGCUUCACCACCGAGGAGAAGCUAAGCCAAGGCGCAAGCGGCGAUAAAAGAAAGAGGAAGCGGGGCUCGCUGUCACAGCGUCUGCGACUAACGGAAUCCUCCGAGGACCAGUCGUGCUCCCUGGACGUGAUGACCCAGCUGGUGCUGCGAACUAGCACGGGUACUCCGCCACCGCUGUCCACCGUCACGGACGCCGACCCGAUCGAUGCUCCGACCACGCAGCUGCGCCGAGGGGCUGCGCUAAGCCCCGUGCCAGCGGACAGUGUGGAGGCGUCCGUCUAUCACGAGCCCUCCUCACUUACUCUGACCUCGCUCGACGAGGACCAGCUGAACGCUUACCUCAAGGUGAUGUUCGAAAGAUGUCGAACAGAGCCGGAGGAGCGCAUCGCGGCGGAGGGUGACCCUGGCCAGUUCGACGGCGUUGAGCAGACUGCAUCCGCAGACCAGCAGCCUGACGGCAACGAAGCCCUCAAACGCCCCAUCGUCAUUGAAGAAAAAAAUGCUCAGUCGUGUCCAGGUAUCACCACCGGAGAAAGCAAGCGGUGCUCUAGAAAACCGAUCCUGCGCGCCCAGUGUGAAGAGCUGAUUCGCCGUCAUGAGGAGCUGUUCGGCCCGAUAGUGAUCGGUGAGCCGACACCAGCUUCUGACGCCGUCGCGUCGGCAACGGCGACGGGGAGUGAGCGUCGUCCACCGUCGCUCUCGCACUGCCUGCGCCAGCCGAGAUCCGAGCUGGCCGGCUGCGAGCCGUGCCUGCCGCUGGUGCCGCUUGGGGCGCACCUGAGCAUUCCGCAGGACCGCGGCCAGGGUCCUGAGUGGGCUGAGUGGCGGCACCACUUCAGCUCGGGCCCGGACGGCGUGUGGAGGAUUGUCCCGCCUGCUCAGGAGGCCCCGGAGGAGGCCGAGGCAGUGGCGGACGCCGCGCCCCUGCCGGCCGACGCCGACGCCAGACCCAAGCGGUUACUCGGGUCGCUGCGGGAUAGGUGCAAAGCACUGUUCCGGCACGAUGAAAAGUCGGAGAAGGCUUGCGAUGGGUUUGGCGACGCUUUACCGAUGUCUGCCAAUGCUCAUGGCAGGGAUCUUGGAUCAGGGACGAAGCCCAGAUCGGAGUUAGUAAUCUCUGAAGCGAAAGCUCAAGAAAUUUUAAUGGAAAUGAAGGACGAGGCGAUCGAACUGUGCACCAGCCACCAUCAGAUGUGCCCGCUGGUUCAGACAUCCUGCGACCCCGAGACUUACAACAGCCACUCUUUCCGUCACUGGAAGCGAUUCUUCCGCCCGAGAAGUCGGGAGUGGCCUUCGACCGGGACAUCCAGGGACCCAAAGGCCGUCACUUCGGGGAGCGUGGAAAUCCCACGAGCUUAUGUGGAGCGGCUGGCGGCUGACCUGGCGUCGCGCGGUCUACCGGCGCGGGAUCGGCUGCCCGUUACUGGCUGGUGGGGCACCUCGCCGCUGCUGGAGGCCGUGCUGCAGGUGGUGCCGGCCGCUACCGACGGCGCCCGCAUCGCCGCCACGCUCGCCUGCCUGCGCGCGCUGAGCCGCCGCGUGCGUGACACCGGCCUGUCAGGUCUGGUGGCCUGCCUGGGCGGCGACCCGGCGGUCCGUCGCCCAGAGGACCGUCAGGCCGCUUGGCUGACGCGGCCAGAGCUGCCGCAGCUCUUCGCUGCCGCCGGCUUUCGGCCCGGCCGAGAUGACGCGCUGGGUGCUGCACUUGCCGGGAGAGCAGGGGGCGCGGUCAGGGCCGUGCUGGGGGUGGACCGCGGCGGCAGAUGUGCGCCGCACGCCGUUGGCGGAGACGGAGGUGCCUUGUGCGGAGGAGGCGCCGCGGUGGUGGCGGAAGGAUGGAUGUGCUGUGGAGCAAGAAGCGGAGACUGUGAGGAAUAGCGGUACCGCUCACGCCGAGUGUCAACAAAUU